AUGUAUCUGUCGGGAGCAACAGUUGAUCGGCGACAGCAACCAGACAUCGCCACCACGAGUCCAACGACGGCCAGCACCAGCAAUAGCGACAGCAGUCCCACACCGUCUAGCGGCGCCCCAUCAAGCCCAUCCAUAUCCAUAUCCAUCACCACAACUCCGACUCCCACUCAAACACCAACAUCUACCGCUACCUUUACCUCCCGUCCUUCUCGCACCCCGACCCCCGCUGCCUCGAGCUCUCAGAAAUCUAACCCUUCUCCAACUCUCGCUAUCACGAUUGGAGUCUUAACACUCGUCCUCGGCAUCACCAUUUUCCUCUGUCUCUUCCUCCGUCGACUGCGCAUAAAGCACAAGAAUCCGAAGUAUGUGCCGACACCCUUCCUGCAGAGAGCUUGGGAAAACUGGGAGCCCGCCCCUAGCCACCACCGUCUUCCCGACACAGGCGACCAUCUUGAGCCAAUAUCUGACAGGCGAACCGCAAAUUCGCCAAGACCGAGUCAAUCAUCAUUUGGCGGAGGUGCGGGGGGAAAUGGUGAAACGGGAAGUAACUCGCGGACAACGGCAGCGGCAACGGCAUCUGCUGCAUCAAAUGCGGCCCGUGUUGACAGGAAUACAUCGGUCAGAUCGGUCAUGACAUUACCAGCUUAUAAUCAGAAUCCAUUGCAGCAUGAACAAGUAUUAGCAAGAGAAGGGGAAAGAGGGGGUAUCGAUAUCGUGAUAGAGUUCCCUGAGUCGGGAGAUCAGGAGGAAGAACGCAGACAGCAGGAGAUGGAAGCACUAUACCAAGUCCGAAUGGCCAGAAGACGAGAGAAUGAGGAGAGGGAGGAGCGCAGGACGUUGAGGAGGGAAGCAAGGGAGAGGGGAGAUUAUGUGGCGCUGAGAGAGCUCCAAGCAAGGGCGAGAGCGUCCUCUGCGGCGAGCGCCGGGGCAAGCGUAGAAGAACUGCGAGCAGAACAUGAGCGGCUCAAGACGGAGCGCCAAAGAGCCGUAUCUUCAGUCUCUUAUGCUGAUCUUGGAGUUGCGCGCCAUGAUGGGACGAGAAUAAGGGCGAGCAGCAUGGAGAGUGAAAGAGAAGGUCUCCUUGGCGAUGCAGCAAGCAUUGCAGCCAGCAGUCUCUACCACCGAAGAGAUCGAAGCGUUAGUUCCGUCGUCAGUAUUGAUACAACCACCGAUCUGCCGUCUCCUGGACUAACCCGUCCCCGCACCCAUUCUCGCCCAGAUAGCCCUCUACGACGAGUGGGCGGAGCCAGCCAUGAUGAAGGUGCCGGCGAAGGGAGAGCGGGCAGCAGUCCGGAAAUGAUUGACCACGAUGAAUUUCCUCCGAAUAGUCCUCCAGGAUACGAGAAUAUACCUUUAGAGACGUCACAUGUUGAGCCCAUAAACGAACCACCGCCAGAUUACUCAAGCCCAGUCCUUGCAAGAGGAGAGCAGCAAGAGAUGUUUCCAGCCGCUCAUGGUAGUGAGAGAAGAGCUAGCGGAACCAUAUCAUCUGCCACGCGACCAGUUUCUGAUGAGCGGAGAACGUCGAGGGGCGUAGGCGGCGUACCCCAGCUACCAAGUUUAAGGAUAGGAAAUCUACCGUCUAUCGAGAUCGAUCCGGGGAGUCCAAGAGGUGGGAGGCUUGAUGAAGAGAAUCAUCAUCCGCGGUGA